CUAACGCUAUCACAACAACAUAGAGUCAGUCAAACAGACUAGACAGUACCUCUAUAUUGUUACCCUUUUAGUUCAAAACUUACUGUGUCACGACAAAAGUGUGCGCUUGUUAUUUUUGAACAAGAAAGUUCGUGAUUAAGUUCGGUUACGGCUGAUAUUGGAAUUAGCACCCGGCUAAACUAGAGCUAGUGCUCGCUAUAGACGUUCCUGAGCUAGGCCUCGCCUGAAGAACAAGCCUGCGAAUCGAGUACACUCACAUAAUCGUGAAUAUUAACACAGUAAAUAGUUUAUUCGUUCAUCGUUAUUCAACACAUUUUUGAAAGUCAAAGAAGCGUUUGUUUUCAAAAUGAGAGGUUAUGGGGACAGAGACCGGGACCGCGGUCGCGAUAGGGGAAGCCCUCGUUUUGGAUCGAGCAGAGGGGGCCCUCCGCCUAAUAGGAAGUUUGGGAAUCCGGGGGACCGUUUACGCAAGAAGAAAUGGGACCUGGAUGAGCUUCCCAAGUUUGAAAAGAACUUUUACAAUGAACACCCGGACGUGCAAAGAAUGAGCCAGUAUGAAGUUGAUGAGUUUCGCAGGAAGAAAGAAAUAACUGUCCGAGGUUCAGGCUACCCAAAACCUGUCACUAACUUCAAUCAGGCACAUUUCCCGCAAUAUGUGAUGGAUGUGCUGAUGCAACAGAACUUCAAGGAGCCCACAGCUAUCCAAACACAGGGCUUCCCACUGGCUCUUAGUGGUAGAGACAUGGUGGGAAUUGCUCAGACCGGCUCUGGGAAAACAUUAGCGUAUCUCCUGCCUGCCAUAGUCCACAUCAACCACCAGCCCUACUUAGAGCGAGGUGAUGGCCCAAUUUGUUUGGUCCUGGCCCCUACCAGAGAGCUUGCCCAGCAGGUACAGCAAGUGGCAUAUGACUAUGGAAAGUCAUCCCGCAUCAAAAGCACCUGUGUGUAUGGGGGUGCUCCUAAAGGACCCCAAAUCCGUGACCUAGAGAGAGGUGUUGAGAUCUGCAUUGCAACUCCAGGUCGUCUGAUUGACUUUCUGGAGGCUGGAAAAACCAACCUGCGGCGCUGCACGUACCUAGUGCUGGAUGAAGCCGACCGCAUGCUGGACAUGGGAUUUGAGCCUCAGAUCCGCAAGAUUGUGGACCAAAUCAGGCCUGAUAGACAGACACUGAUGUGGAGCGCCACCUGGCCGAAAGAAGUUCGUCAGCUGGCAGAGGACUUCUUGAAGGACUGUGUCCAGAUCAACGUUGGAGCCCUUGAGCUCAGUGCCAACCAUAACAUCUUGCAGAUAGUUGAUGUCUGCAUGGAAAGUGAGAAAGACAACAAACUGCUCCAGCUGAUGGAGGAGAUAAUGGCUGAGAAGGAGAAUAAGACCAUCAUCUUUGUCGAGACCAAGAAACGAUGUGAUGACCUUACACGCAGGAUGAGAAGAGAUGGGUGGCCUGCGAUGUGUAUUCACGGUGACAAAAGCCAGCCAGAGAGAGACUGGGUGCUGACAGAGUUCCGUAGUGGCAAAGCGCCAAUCCUCAUUGCUACUGAUGUGGCCUCACGUGGUUUAGACGUGGAGGAUGUCAAGUUUGUCAUUAACUAUGACUACCCCAACUCAUCGGAGGACUACAUCCACCGAAUCGGCCGCACGGCCCGCAGCACAAACAAAGGCACGGCCUACACCUUCUUCACCCCAGGGAACCUCCGCCAGGCCCGUGAGCUGAUCCGGGUUCUGGAGGAAGCCCGGCAGGCCAUCAACCCCAAACUGCUGCAGCUGGUCGACUCUGGCCGUGGGGGAGGCGGAGGUGGCCGUGCCCGUUUCCGUGGAGGCUCAAAUGCCAACAACCCCAACCUGAUGUAUCAGGAUGAAUGCGAUAGGCGCAUGCGCUCGGUGGGCGGAGGCGGCGGCAGCAAGGACAGCCGUGGUGGCAGUAACUUCAGUCGAGACAGCCGUGGAGGGAGUAGCCGGGAUGGCGACCGCUCCUCCUCCUCAUCUUCCUCCUACCGAGACCGCAGUAGCAGGGAUGGAGGUCGCAGCUAUGGCUCCAGCUCUGGCUCCUCCUAUGACCAGUACCAGAAUGGCAACAACAGCAGCCAAUAUGGCAGCUCUCGGGGAAACUCUGGAGCGGGGAGCAGCAGUGGGGGACAGGCCCCACCGCCACCCACGUCCGGCCCCCAGCCCCUCAUGGCUCAGCAGUUCACUCCUACUCAGCCCAUGAUGGGCCUCAUGGGUCACUCACCCUUCCAGUUUGCUCCUCCUCCCCCUCCUGCCUCUGGCAGAAAGUAAUGCAGUUUUGUGGGAACACAAAUAUGCAUAUAUACACGACAGCUACACGUGGAUAUAUUCAUACAGACUUGAAUAAUAAUCCUUUGAAAUCAGUCAGAAAUAUUUGACGUCCCAUUGUCAUCUCAGCACUAUAAAUUAUAGGUUCAGUUUGUUCUGUGCUUGAUGGCUAACUGAUCCUAUCCAAAAAUUGUCCUACAAUUAGUACAUUUGUAGUGGGUUGAUUGGUAAUGGGGUGAUGGGUCAGGCAGUUUUCUAUUACAUUAACAUUCCGGUGAAUGGCUGGCAUGGGCUACAACAUGGUGGUAAGCUUUCAGAUGCCCAUGCAAUUACUGUGACUGGUGCAUUGUAGUCACUUCCUCACCAUCAUCAAUAGUGCCAUUGUAGCUUUGUUUGGCAUGGAUUCUAAAAUUAUUUCUGUCCAUCAAGAAAUAGUGAAUUCUUGCUUUGAUUUUGUUCUGCCCAUCAUAGCUAUAGUUAGCUAAAACUGACUCUCCUAAGACCAUUAAUAUUAGGUCAUUAUUUGUUCUGUAUCUCUCACAACACUGGACAAUGAAGAUUUUGCUUCCUGAACACUUUUGGGUGUAUUUUAUGGAUUUUGGGUUGCUGCUCACGAAAAUCCCCUUAACAUUUUCCUAUCACAUACCGUUUUAUAGCUAUAACCUAUUUUUUGUGAUUUCCCAUCAUAUUUUAAGUCUACUAGAAUAUUGCCCACAAAGCAAGCUGUUUUGGUCAGUCCAAGCAUGCCUGGGCAUGCACUCAGUGUAGGUACUUUGCAAAUGUUGUCUUAGGCAUUCCUGGGCAUGCUUAGUCAGGUUAGACACUGGCAGACAGGCUAUAAAAGCUGCUCACAUUUACAGAUGCUGUUUGGACGCAUGUUGAUGCACAUGUUCUUCAGGCAAUAGCAUAGGGAGUACACAAUAGGAUUUAUUGUCUUCAGGAAGAUUUAAUACAGCAGAAAUGUCUCGUCACUGUUGCAACAGCUGCGAUACAUUGUUACAUCUGUGGCGAGGAUACGCUUAAGGCUCAAAGACGCACCAUAACUGCUCUUAUUAAGAAAGCCUAUGAGUUCUACUUCGGAUGUAAAAUUGGUGACCCAAGAGAAACCCUGGGCUCCUCACAUUUGUUGUGCAACAUGUACAGUCAACCUGAGAGUUUGGCUCAAACGUACUUAGAAGUUGAUGCCAUCUGCAGUCCCACUGACAUGGCGAGAACAGAAGGAUCACGUGAUGGACUGUUACUUCUGUCUGACCAAUGUAUCUGGCUUCUCUACUAAAAUAGGAAAUGUAUUGAAUAACCCAAUUUGCCUUCAGCCAUGAGACCAGUGCCACAUGAUGACAGUUUGCCAGUACCGAAGCCACCAGAGACAUGGAGCCUAGAUGAGGCAGAUGAAGAUGCCACAACGCAUGAACCAGAUAUGGAAAACAACACUGAUCCAGAUGUUGAACCCUUUAUGCCUGGUUAUCCUCAUCUGAUAACACCGCCGGAAUUAAAUGGCCUGGACAGGGACUUAGAUUUGUCAAAAGCUAAAGCAGAACUACUUGGUUCAAGAUUGCAAGGAUGGUGUUUGCUGUCACCAGGUACAAAAAUGUCUAUCUUUCGGAACCGUCAAGAACAUUUGACAAAACUUUUUUACGCAGGUUGACAACCUCUGUUCCUGCACUGACACUGAUGGAUUGUUCAUGGCUUUGGGUUGUGUGCGUGACCCACAACAAUGGCGUCUUUUUUAUAGAUUCGUCAAAGUUAAGCCUGAAAGCUGGCCUGUUACACAAUGGCAAUGUCCACCCUUCAAUACCCAUUGGCUAUGCAGAACACAUGAAAGAAACCUACAAUAACAUGGAACUGUUGUUGAAACACAUUCAGUACAAUUACGACUGAAACAUCUGUGGUGAUCUAGAAGUAUUGGCACUGCUACUAGGAAUGCAGCUCAGAUAUACAAAGUACUGUUUCCUUUGUGAAUGGUAUAGCCGUGCUAGAGUCAGAUUUCAUUAAAAAGAACUGGCCGCUCCGUAAGCAUUUCAUUCCAGGGCAGACCAACAAAGAUAUUUCUGCCUCCUCUUCAUAUAAAACUCGGAUUGAUGACAACUUUUGUGAAAGCAAUGAACAAAGAAGGUGAUGGAUUUGGCUAUUUGAGACGGAUGUUUCCAAGAAUGACCGAUGCCAAGAUUAUGGAAGGCAUUUUUGUUGGUUCACAAAUCAGACAGGUCAUCAAUGACAGGGAGUUAGAAGAUCUGCUAGUGGGGCCAGAGAAAAUAGCAUGGAAGUCAUUCAAGGAUGGUGUUGAGAAUUUUCUUGGAAACUACAGAGCACCAAACUACAUUGAGCUGCUUGACAACAUGCUGAAAGCAUACAAAACCAUGAAGUGCAACAUGACAUUGAAAAUUCAUUUUCUGCAUUCACACUUGGGACUUCGUCCCUGCUGAUCUUGGUGCAGUCAGUGACAAACGUGGUGAAAAAGUCUCACCAGGACAUUGCGACCGUGGAAAAGGGGUAUCGGGGGCAGCUAGAAUCCAUCAAUGCUGGCUGACCAUUGUUGGACACUGACACGAGAGGCACCAGGUGCCCCAGGUGCCAAGUAGAAAUGAAAAUCGGCUGCAAAACAUUUUAAGCUCAGUUGAACUAAGACAUGUUAAAUUCAGUGUUAUUUUAAUGUUUCUCCAAAGUCCUACGUGAUACAGCAAAUCUGAAAUUAUUUUUGUGUUCAGCUUGACAUUGUCUGUCAUCUCAAUUUUUUUUUUUUCAGGAAGCAAAACGUUUGAAAAAAUUUGUUGCCCAGUGAAUUGUCCUCCAACUUUAAAAUGUCAGUUUAGGCCAAGUAUUUUGUGUUGUAAGCCUCUCUUGAUGUGUGCUGAUAUACUUUAUAUAGCAUAAAUGUACAAAGUAUUUGAUUUUGCCUUUAGGUGUAUGUAUCAAAGGUAGGUGCUCCACUCACUCUCAUUAUUUCAUUGCUGAUCUGUUAGGUUUGAAAGUGUCAUUCACCAGACCACAUUAGUUCGCUUGUUCUUGCAUUACGUUCGCCUUCUUUUCGGCAUUUUUAAACAUAGUUUCUGAAGAACACACAUGGAUUCUUCACAUUAGUUUCAUACAGGGGAUCCUUGGUGCAGCCAGAGUCCCUUGUGAGUUUCAAAUGCUUUUAACAGCGCUUCCCAACCAGUCCCACCAUUCACAAAUGUGUUGUGUAUCUGAAUGGCUCAACCCAACCAUCAGUUGUCUUGGUGAAGUAACCAGUGGUCAAGAUUUGGUACCGUAAUACUGAAGCUUUUAGCUGACUAAUUGUAAUGCUACCUUUUUAAUGUCUUUUUGUUUUGUUUUUCAGGUUUUAAUAAAGCUUUU